UCCAUCCUGACGGUCAGCCUGUCCUACAUGGUGGGGAUGAUCGCCAGCUUCUACGACACCGACGCCGUCAUCAUGGCCGUGGGCAUCACCGUCGUCGUCUGCUUCACCGUCGUGAUCUUCUCCCUGCAGACCAAGUAUGACUUCACCUCGUGCCGGGGCGUCCUCAUCAUCUGCCUCGUCGUGCUCAUCCUCUUCUCCAUUCUCUGCAUCUUCAUCCGGAACCGCAUCGUGGACAUCAUCUACGCCUCGCUGGGGGCCCUGCUCUUCACCUGCUUCCUGGCGGUGGACACGCAGCUGAUCCUGGGGAACAAGCAGCUGGCGCUGAGCCCCGAGGAGUACAUCUUCGCCGCGCUCAACCUCUACACCGACAUCAUCAACAUCUUUCUCUACAUCCUCGCCAUCAUCGGCAGGGCCAAGGAGUAGCUCCCCCCGGCCCCUGCUGCCCCGUGCAGCCCCCCCGGGUUCGAGCCCCCCCUUCCCUGUAGCCGGUUUUGUUGCUGUUCUCAUCGUGGCCCCGGUUCCUGCCCCACGGGGCUCGCUGGGACGGGGGGUUGUCACCAGGCCCCCCCCCAGUUCCCCGCUCUCCCCUGCUGUGAAUAUGAUUCCCCCCCCCCUUGCCUCGUUGCAUCGAACGUGGACUGGAAGCACUUUGAAGCCCCCUCCGUCCUGUCCUGCCCCCUCCCCACACGCUGCCCCCCUCCUUGUGCCCCCGUCACCCCUCCGGCCGCGCAGGCAGGGGCAGCGCCAGCAGCACUUCAGACCCCCCUUGAGCCACUGUCCCUGCCUGUCCCCACCCCCCCCAGACCCCCUGGACCACAGCCCUGCCCAUGGCACCCCCCAGACCCCCCCCUUGAGCC